GAGUUUGAUAUCCGCAUUUAUUUUCCACCUAACUUGUCUUUUUGUAUUGUGAGAGGAAUAAAUUAGCUAAUAAAUACUCAUGUUCGUUUGUUUUGGGUGUUAGUGCAAAAAGACAGAGUAGAUAGAAAAAGUAAAGUCAAACCAGCUAAUUCUCUGAAUAGUCAAGUAGCUCCAUUAACAAAGUGAACGAAGUUCAACUUUCUUCGUGUACUUUUUCUACUUUAUGAUUCUUCUAUUCCUAACCAAAAUGAUUUUAUGUUGAAAAGUUUCUGAAUUUUCCGCUACUCAAUGCGCAAUCACUAGCAUCAGCCAAAAGGCGUAGUGUGUUAUCUUUCUCCUGUUUGGAUAUUUGCUUUUGCUUUUGCAUUUGAGGUUGAAAACUUUGUCUUACUCUUCGAUUGUCGAGUUUGUUUGUUUGCAUAACCCGCAUCCUUUUAGUCUUGAGGUGCAUUUUGUUGAUGGGUGCUUGUUGGAGCAGUAGGAUUAAGGCUGUGAGUCCUUCCAAUACAGGGUUCACUUCAAGAAGUGUGAGCAGAGAUGGCUAUGACAUCCACUCAGGUAGCAGGAACUCAUCAGCCUCCAUGCCCAUGACCCCUCGGAGUGAGGGAGAGAUCUUACAAUCUUCCAAUAUGAAAAGCUACAGCUACAAUGAGCUAAAAACGGCCACAAAAAACUUCUGCCUAGACAGUGUCUUAGGAGAGGGUGGAUUUGGUUCAGUUUUUAAGGGCUGGAUUGAUGAACAUUCGCUUGCUGUUACCAGGCCAGGAACUGGCAUGGUUGUUGCUGUGAAGAGACUUAACCAAGAGGGGUUCCAGGGUCACAAGGAAUGGUUGGCUGAAAUAAACUAUCUUGGACAACUGCAGCAUCCUAAUCUUGUCAAGUUGAUAGGAUACUGCUUAGAGGAUCAGCACCGGCUUCUAGUUUAUGAAUAUAUGCCUAAAGGCAGUGUGGAGAAUCAUCUGUUCAGGAGAGGAUCUCAUUUUCAGCAGCUUUCUUGGACUCUACGAUUGAAAAUAGCCCUUGGGGCUGCAAGGGGUCUUGCUUUUCUCCAUAGCACGGAAACUAAAGUCAUAUACCGUGACUUUAAGACCUCCAAUAUCCUGCUUGAUACUAACUAUAAUGCCAAACUUUCUGAUUUUGGGCUGGCCAGAGAUGGACCAACUGGUGAUAAGAGCCAUGUUUCUACAAGGGUCAUGGGAACCCAUGGUUAUGCAGCACCAGAGUAUCUAGCAACAGGUCACCUAACUGCCAAGAGUGAUGUCUAUAGUUUUGGAGUAGUUCUUUUGGAAAUGUUAUCAGGAAGACGUGCCAUAGACAAGAACCGGCCCUCAGGAGAACAAUGCCUAGUUGAAUGGGCAAAACCUUACCUCUCUAACAAGCGUAGAGUUUUUCGUGUAAUGGAUAGUCGUCUUGAAGGGCAGUAUUCCCUCACACAAGCUCAGAGGGCAGCCAGCCUUUCUUUUCGAUGUCUUUCUGUAGAGCCUAAAUACAGGCCAAAUAUGGAUGAGGUGGUGAGAGCAUUGGAGCAGCUACUUGAAUCAAAUCAUCAGCUGAAAAAUGGUGAUCAUAAAAUGCGUAGAGCAAGUGGUGAUGGUCUUGGCCAUCUCAAUGGACUCACUCCAUCUACUAGCAAAGGAGGUGCAGAUUCUCCCAAAAUGUUUGCUUAUCCAAGGCCUUCUGCUUCUCUUCUCUAUGCUUAAGUGGAGGAAUUUUGUGAUGAGGGGAGUGUUACUGUUUUGCAAGUGCAUGCUUGAAGUUCUUAGGUGUGUCAUGAACCAUAUUUAUCAAGAAAUGUAUAGUUUCUUUUCUUUUUUCUUGUUUUGUUUUGACCUACAUUUUGUCAUUGUAAUCCUGGUUGUUAGCAUAGAGCCAUCUAAUCUUGAAAGGGGCGAAUUUCUAAUCAUCCGCUAGGUGAUGUUUUCUUAUGCACAAAAUGUUUGCAGCGUAGCUUGUGCAGAUGAUGCUCUAUAUUGUCUUUCUUUACACUGAAA